UGCAUACAUUUUUCAACAUUUAAUUGUAUUUUUCAAACAGUUUUAGCAAUCGGCGUUACACGCCGUAUGUUCCUCGAAGCAGUUAUACGCCAUCCGUUUCUCGACAUGAAACUGUUUCGUGCAAGAAACAGCAUGAUGCUUCUGAUAAACCUCGUUACACGCCUCGUAUCAUGAGCAGGAGAUUCGCCCUGACAUCUACUGCGUACAAAUACUUGGAUGUUGGAAUCUGCGUGGUACCUCAUGCAUCCUAUGUGGAAUUCAUUCUCGGCGACAAUCGUGGAAAUAAGAUGGCGUUGGAUCAUUCAACGUGGAUGGAAUUUAACAAGAAACGUGCCGAAAUAGAGCAGCUCUUCAAGUCAACAGACGCAUCAUCGGUACAGAUUGACAAUUUAGUUUUAGAGCUUGUUAGAAUGUACAAUAAAAAAGUUGUAAAAUUAACGUUAGAUGACACUUGCAUGUACAUGAACAUGUCAACUGUAUUAUUUUUACUCAAACUCGAACAUUGUGUAGAGCAUGUAUAUCGCAAACUGUCGGAGGAUAUACAGGGUGCUCCGCAACAUAUUGAAGACCGGUCAUGGGAAGGUAGAGGGGACGAAGACAAACAGAAAAGUCCUGUACUAUUUUGCGCUUCCUUGCGGAGCACCCUGUAG